UGUAACAGUCCUGCUUGUUUAUACAUUUUUUAUAGUUGAUUUGCUAGUUGACUUGUAUUGAAUAAAUCCUUCAUUAUUCCGCUGAUGUUGCAAAUAAUUUAAUAAUCACCUUGAACUAAUAAAUUCCAAAAGUAAAACACUUCGUCAGAAGUGGCUAGAGAUCCAGUGUUUUAUAUUUCAAUAAUUUACUUGUUGAUGUCGAGCCGGUUACAGUAAUUAAUCAAAAAUAUUUGUGCUUACACACCAGACUAUUUACACUGAACUGGGAUCAAUUCGCUCACUCAUUUAGUUUUAUUCGAGAACGCGUGCUAUUUUAUUUGUAUAUAUCGCGUGUCGGUGCACGAUGAUAUAAAUUGUGAUUUAACUCGAAUUGUAACAUUUUUAUUAAUCAUUUCAUCAAAUGAGAGCUCUCAAGUGGUGUGCGGUUUAAUCUUGAUUCAAUUUUUUUCUUAGUUCAUACAAAAGGUGCCUGGAGUAGUGGGAAUAUCGGUGGAAGUAAAAAAAUGAUAAAAUUUUAAUUUUGAAUUUUCCGUGAAGUUGUUUUUUUUCAAUAGAAGAAAAAUAUGGCUGAAGACAAAGUGUACAGUAGUGACCUUUCUUAUCCCAAAGAGGAAAAAAAGUGCCUAAUUUACAGAAUUUUUGGUCAGGUCCCAGCCCGUCUCGUCCUCUACCUUUUAUCAUGGUCGGGGUUCUUGGUUUCGUUUAUGAUGAGGAACGACAUAAACUUGACCAUCGUCGCCAUGGUCGAGCAGCCAGAAAGCAAGUACACGAACGCAUCGAACGAAUAUUGUUAUGUUAGGGAGGAGUAUAACAAUAACACCGCCCCAGUGGACUACGGCGGUACAUUGGAGUGGUCCGGACAAGUACAAAGUUACGUAUUAGCCUCGUUCUACUGGGCUUACAUUGUAUCUCAGGUGGUGGGUGGAUUCGCCACCCAAAAGUUGGGCACCAAGCGGGUCUUCGGUUACGCCCAACUGGCGACUGCACUGUGCAGUCUGUGCAUUCCAUGGGCCAGCGAGACCCAUUACGGGAUCGUCAUAGCCCUAAGGUUCGUCCAAGGCUUCGCCUCGGGCUUGACGUGGCCAGCAAUGUAUGCUCUUGUAGGGCAUUGGAUCCCAGUCCCAGAAAGAAGUCGAUUCAUGUCGAGUUUCCAAGGUUUCAGUAUCGGAAUAGGGGUAACCUACCCCCUUUGCGGUUUCCUAAUCGCCCAUCUCGGAUGGCGCUCCGUGUUCUACACGACGGGCUCCAUCGGCGUCCUCUGGUGCAUAAUAUGGUACUUGCUCGCCUUCGACAGCCCCGAGACCCACCCGAGAAUAAGCCUGAGCGAGCAGCAGUACAUCAAGGAAAACACCGUCAACACCUACGCAAACACCAGGAAGCAGGCCGUGCCCUGGAAGGCCAUCUUGACUUCCAUGCCGGCCUGGUCUAUCGGCAUCACCACGUUCGGCAGGAUCUGGGUCCACUAUACUUUCAUCAUUCCCGGGCCCACUUACAUGAAGAGUAUCUUGGGUUUCAGUAUCGAGAAGAACGGCUUGCUGUCGGGAGCCCCGUUCAUCUGUAGCUACGUGGCAUCAGUAUUAUUUUGUUAUGUUGCGGACAAACUUGUGACGAAAAACUACAUGUCUUUGACCAAUGUUCGUAAAGUUAUGACUGCCUUAUCCCAAGUCGUGCCCGGCAUUCUAGUCCUCCUCAUUAGUUACCUCGGCUGCGACAUAGACCUCGUCUUAGUGGUUUGGUUUUUCGCCGUGACUCUGAUCACCGCUUCCUACGCUGGCGCCAUGGCUAAUGUGGUGGAUAUAGCUCCAAACUUCGCGGGACCAGUACUAGCUUUUGCUCAAACCAUACACAUGAGCGCCAGUUUCCUGAGCCCCCAGGCCGCGUUCUUCAUUCUGGACGAGAAGGAACAUCUCAUGUCGUCCUGGAGAAUGGUGUUCUACGUCACGGGGUUUGUGGCCGUUUCGACCUACAUCGUUUACCAGAUUUGGGGAACGGGAGACAUCCAGCCGUGGAACUACACCAACGGCCCCGAGAGCGUACUGGAGCAAGAAGAGCUCAUGACAGACAAGCCCUCUACAAACGGCACAGUAUUAACGAAAAACGGCACGAAAACAGACAGUGUCGCUUAAAGCAAUGUCACUUUCUGUACACUCUCAACCUUCGCCACUAAGUUGAUUCACUUAAUAUUUUUUUAUUUAUUUAUUGACACGAGAUAUUAGUGUUUAUAAGUAUGUUGGUUCCGGUGAUGAUUCAAAUGUUUUGCCGACAAUUGUGAUAGAAUUCUUUGUUAUCGGCCAGGCUUUUCGGCCUAGGGUUAUAUCGUUCGUUUUUAAAUCGUUCUUCGAUACUUUCCCGAGUACAAAUGUGCUCGAUUUAAAUUAUUGUAAUCGUACUAAUACAUUUACCCGAUCACGAGGAUGGAACGAAAAAAAAAAUUGUGGGAGGAGGUCCGGCUUAUUAAUAUUCUGUGUGUCACGGGAGUACUGACGGUAUGGUAAGUCGGAAUUAAACUUAAGGUUUCACGUAGCUUAGCUUUAAAAUUCAAUGGUAUAAUCCUGAGGAUGUAGCCCGCGUCCCCUUAACUGCAUGUUACUUAGAUCGAAUAUGUAAAAUGUGAGUAUUUAAAAGAGUUUAGGGAGGUUUCCCGCAUAUAUGUCUAUGUAUAUUCCUCAUUUUAUUGUGAUAUGAAGUAGGCUUAGGGUAACUUUUUAGUGAGAGGAAAUAUGGAGCAUAAUUUACUUAAAUAUAAAGAGGUGAGACAUUUUUUUUUCUCUAUGUACGAGAUAAGUGACCCGAUUUGGUUAAUAACAUUGACAAUAAAUUAUGCACGAUAUUUUGAUGAAGUAGCUACGUUCGGAAAAAGUCGCACGAUUCGUACUCCAUAGAUACAGGGUGAUACGCUUGCGGUGUGUCUCAAUUUACGGUUUACUGACUCGAUAAAUAAAAAACAUGUGAAGUUGUCUUCAACUGUCUCAAAAUUGGAAAUAUUUAGCCUGCUAUGUUUUUUUUUAGGAUUCAAUUUUGGAAAAUUUAUGUUAACAAUUUUUUUUUAAUUGUUUUGAUGCUUGAACGUAGCUACAUUCUGGAGUAUGUACAUUAAAGUUGUAUAUUCUAUCUCUAUUAUAUAUUGUAUCUCUGAAUGUUGAACGAAAAACCAAAAAAAAAAUGAUAAUCAUUUUCUCUCUAAAAAUUUUUUCAUUACACGACAGCUAUUCCAUGGUUUGUUUAAGCUGCAAUAAUUACAAAAAUUACUCGUUUUGCAUAAAUUUCAUCUAAAGUUUCACGUUUCACAUUGCUUUAAAAAUUCAAAUCUUUACAGCAAAAGAACAAUUUAUGUUGGCUCUAUAUCAAACAGGCAACCAGUAAUAAAUUUUUAUAGAUUUUA